CCUCGACACACGGGCUUGCGACUGUUCCUGCGUCUUCAGCAGCAGCAGACGCGUGCAGAUGGAGCCUCGGUGCGCGUCUGAGGGAUUCGAGGGAGAUUCCUGAACACAGAACCCAGCCGGAACGCAUUCCCACAGAUCAGCAGAGCUGCCGGAGAACAUGCAUGGAUCAGGCUCGUGGAUUUCAGUGUUCUGGAGGAAUAUCUCUGUCUGAAGAGUACGCGUUUGUUUGCUCUCGUUUAAACGCACCGGAGCGCAAUAAUAUCUGACAGUUCGUUCGCGGAGAGACUCGUUCAGGAUCAAACUUUAAUGACACCAAUCAAGGCGGGUCAAAAGCCAUGACAUCAGAGGAGGAGGGGCUUGCUGCAGUGGGGGCGGAGCCACACGUGGACCUGUGUGCCUCUCCUGGCUGGGAUGGGCUUGUUGAAGAGGCGGGGCCUGCUGAGCAGGAGGAGGCGGGGCCGGCGGAGCAGGUGCAGGAAGUGGCUGAUGAUGUCAGCAGUGAUUUAAGUGCUCUGGUCGUCCCGUACCCAGAACUAGUGCCCAUCGUCUUCAUCUGCCUCAAACAGACCACAUGUCCUCGCAGCUGGUGCAUCCGCAUGGUGUCCAGCCCGUGGUUCGAGCGAGUCAGUAUGAUGGUGAUCCUGCUGAACUGUGUGACGCUGGGGAUGUACCAGCCCUGCGAGAACAUCGACUGCUCCUCCAAACGCUGCCAGAUCCUGCAGGCCUUCGAUGCAUUCAUCUACAUCUUCUUUGCACUGGAGAUGGUGGUGAAGAUAGUGGCUCUGGGGAUCUUCGGCCAGCGCUGUUAUCUGGGAGACACCUGGAACAGACUGGACUUCUUCAUCGUGAUGGCCGGGGUGGUGGAGUAUUCUCUGGACCUGCAGAACAUCAACCUGACGGCCAUCCGGACGGUGAGAGUCCUGCGGCCGCUCAAAGCCAUCAACAGAGUCCCCAGUGAGUCUGAUCUCUGCUCAUUUCUGCUGUGUGGAAUCAAACCUGACUCUGUUUCUGAUUGUGAGUGAUUCAUCAGUGCUGAAUCAUAACGGGUUCAUGGACAGGAGACGCAAACACUCCUGAGGAUCUGCUGAGAAACCAUUAGCUGAUGAGACACGAUAGCUUUAACACCUACAGAGACGUUACUGAGGAUGAACCUGAUGAAAGCAGGAGAAAAUGACAUGAACAACCCAGACAAACAACACUCUUCCAUUAUAAGGGUCAGACAAAAAAACGAGGAUAUUCCAUUCUGUAGUUUUUAUCAGGGUUUCUGUGGGUCUUAAAAAGUAUUAAUCUGCAUUUUCAUAAAUUAAGGCCUUAAACGCUCUUAUAUCAGAGCAGAAAGUCUUAAAUUCAUAAAGUCAUGGCAUU